AUGUCUGAGCCGCUCGAGCGGGGACACCGAGCUGACCUGGAUCGUGACCACAUCGCUGGGUUGAGUGUUGGGUGUCUACCCGUUCGGUCUACUACUGCAGGGUGUGUAGAUAUUGAGCCAACCAACGGCGUCAAAUUGCCUGAUGGUACUAGUCCAGAAGCUUCCUUUGGUCGACUAUCGAACGACCAUAGCGAGCGAGAUUGCGUACGUGGUUUGAGAUUCUAACAGGUGGGUUUCUGGUGUUGUAAUGGGGAUGUGUAUUAUCGACAGCGUUAUUCGGAGUGGAGGGUUCAUGUGAGAUUGCGAUUUUGGGAGGAGGUGGUACGUGGUUUAAGAGUCUUAUCGGCGGGAUUCCGGUGGCCAUAUCGGUUUACGUGUUAUUGGUAACGGUUUCGAGAAGGGGUUUGCGGUAGGUAUAGGUAGGUAAUAGGCUAUAUUUGGCUUUUUAUAUGUGUACACUUUUUCUACCAGAAAACUUGUUCCAAAUAUCAAGUACAUUAUAAGUUUUCUGAUAGAAAAUAUUCUCUGGGUGGUACUUUAAAGGAGUUAUUUAUUUAAAUUUUCGUGAACAUUCGAAAUAAUGAGGAAACCUGGUUCUUUAGGUUGAAAAAGAUUGAAAGAUUAAAAAUAAAGUUGUCAUUGUCAACCGAUUUUAUUUAUUUUUUAUUAUAAAAAAUAGUUUUUUUUAAAUAAUCAUUGUUGUCAUGGAAACGCACAUUGUAAUCAUUUUACCAUAAUAUUAUGUAUUAAUUAUAUUAUACUAUUGAAAAAGCAACACUAUCGACUGAGAUCAGCUCAGAAUCGUUUUUUCGUUGGCAACGGUUUAUCGUUGCUUACAGAUAUACAUUAAAUUCCCGUCUUUAUCCUACUUUCCCAACUUCCCGCCUACUUUGAUAUUGUAGGUGUCUAUAUUUUAUAGGUAUAGGUAUAAUAUACAAUUAUUAUUAUUAUUAUUUCGUAUGUACUCAUGCGAAAUGCAUGGCGGUGGCGUUUGUUGUUUUGUGUACCAAAAACUCUUUUUCGUAAUAUUUGUAUGACUGCCUGUACAAUACAGCUGCUGAUAUACGUGUGCUAUAAUUAAUGUUUAGUAAAAAAAAAAAUACACACACACAUUUCUCCGACUAAAUUGCGAUUUUCGCGCACAAAAGCGUCAAUUUAAAAAGAGAUUUUAUGAAUGCGUCGUCGUCGGUCUGACACGCGACAAUAGUCCGAGAAUAUAACGUCCGUUAGAUGAGUACAAUAAUAUGUAGUUAAAAAAAAAAAAAAAAAAAAAAAAAAACAGUUCGAUUUGAUUGUGCCGUAACUACUUGUUUGUUUUAUAGGUGACGCGUAGUAGAAAUGUAUCAGUGUAGAGGAGUUAAAUCGGUUGAAACGUUUUAAUAGAACAAUAAUUUUGCAAAGCCAUUCGGGAGUGUAAACGCACGGCCAAAACGUCGCCAAUAAUAUUUUAAUCGCGAUCGCGCGAAUCAGUUACGAAAUCCGACACAGUUGGAUCGCAUGAAAAACAAAUAUGUUUACGUUACAGAUUGCAAACACGUCAGAAUAUUAUAAACUGUUACCGAUGCAACGCGUGUCGCGGAAAUUCGCAUAACAUUAACGGUCCGUUUGCAAUUAUAGUCACGAUAGGUUUCGGAUUUCCUGCAUUGCGGAACGGUCUUAGGCACGUCAUCGAGAUAAAUACACGUAAAUGGACCGACGAGUUAUUAUGUAUAAUGUUUUUAAUGUCUUUUGAAAAUAUGUUUCGAUGAACCGAUUUUUCGCUCGACAUAAUAAACGCGCGACUAUUAUAUUAUUACGGUCUGUUUUCUUUUAAAUUUCAAACGCGAGUCUGUUAAAAAUACUCCUGCCGUAAUUUUACCAGAGUUACAGCAGCGUAAGUCCUGAUACACGACAAAAGAAAUGUCCUUUUUUUUUAGUUGUUUCGCUAAAAUAUAACGUGACUUAUGUUCGUAUGGUUCUGAGGUUUACGGCCGUUAGGUUAAGCGUAUUAAAGACAAGAGGUUAAAUCGCGGCGUUUUCUCGAUGGAAACGGUGAACUCUCGCGAAAUUAAAACGAUUGUUGUUUUUGUGCUUUACAGAUUUCAACAGCCGAAGGCUCGAACUACGCGACAAAAGCCAAAAUGACAAACACGUGUAAAUUAUUGUUGGCGGCUGCGAUACUAGUGGCUUCCGCGGCGGCUUACCCGAGCAAACCGUCGUUCCUCGGGUGUUCGAGCUCGGACGAUUGCGGCGUGGACGAGUGUUGCGUUUUAGGUGAGUAAAUAAAAUAACUAUAAAAAAGACCUUGGAACGUUCGUUUUAAAUAUAAACCCGUUCACGAACUAUAAUCCGUAGCAUCUACAAUACUUGAACUAAGUUUAUGAACUGAUUCAUUUUUUUUUUUCUUAUGCACUUACUCGAGUUUAUUUUUGUAAAUGACCUUAAGUCCAUUUAAAGUCUAAUUUGUUAUUCUACUACUGACCUUAUACGUAUUAUCAGCGAUUUUACUAACUGUCAUAUCAUGUAUAAAGCAUAUAGUACGCAUUAUUUUAAACAUCUCGAUAUGGACGUCACUGCAGUGGGAUUUGCCAUCUCUAUAUAAUAUUUUUAACGGAAACGCUUAAAUUAUUUUCCCAACGUAUCAACGUGAAUGUAUCGGAAUGUAAAUCGAAACCAACGGCCCAAUCAGAGUCGAAGUCCGUUGAAAAUAUACAUUUUUAAUUUAACGGAAAACACUUCAAUUCAAACACGGACUCGAUUCGCGUUUCGUUCGAAAUGUUUUGAACUAUCAACGGACGAGCGAGUUCAUUAAUAUUGAAGCGUGUAACGAACACGCUCGUCGCGAUUCCGAGUUCUGAAAUAAAAUGCGUGUCAAUCAGACGAGUGCAGCUAAAAACAAGUCAAUUUUUUAUGCGUACAGCCGUGUGCGAAAUGAAUAAUACCGUAAUGCGCAAUAGAAUUAUAAUGAUUUCCCGAGCGUUCGCAUUAACGAAAACGAGAUAAUUCUGUUUUGCGCGCGUCUCUGAAAAAUAACUAUGUAUUGUGAUGUACCUAAUCGUGUGCUGUUAAAUUACAUAUUUAUUUUUUUUUUUUUUCGGGACCGAAAUCAAUUAUAACACGAGAUACUGUGCGUGAGUCGGGGGAGGAGGGGGGGGAGGAAAUCGUUCAACAGUAUUUUAACCGUACCUAUGUCAUUUCAUACUAUUUUGCGUAUUCGAAAUUGAUUGUAAUACAAUAUCGUGUACGGGUACGCGCGCGCGCGUUUAUACAAUACUUAAAAAGCUAUCCGAUCUGUUUAUAACACACAUGAUACGGUCGAUUGUUUCUUUGGAGAAUACGAAUACAUUUUUUUUUUUUUUAUCAAUCACAAAAUAUUAUAAUUUAAUACGGCUGUACACCGCAGGAACGAAAUGAUCCGUUAGCAAAAAAAAAAAAACCCCCGAGAUAAUGGCGAAACACGAUCUUAUAAUAUCGAAAUAACUUUCAAAUCGAAAAAAAAAGAAAAUGUUUAUUUUUUGAUUUUUCCCCGAGCUGGGAAGUCCGUACGCUCUUCUGGCGGGUUCCUACGCGGACCGAAUGAGCAUAGAGUCGUUUUACAGGCGGAUCGAAGCGAUAAAAUUCGAGUUGGAUUUGAAACUCGUACGGGAAGAGGAUGUUUUUUUUGUCUGUUUAUUAAGCUUUGUACAUCCAAGUGGACGCCGCGAUUUCGUUAUACGCACGGUACGAAUUUCACCGGUUUUUUUUUCUCUGGUCUUCUCCCGGAAUCAGUUUAUUAUACCGUUCGUAUCGGCGGGUAUUUGCGAUUAUUCGUCGUUUCAUAAUGUGUCUGAGUAUAGUACAAGAAAAGGCGACGGGGAAUUCGAUUCCAGUGACGGAGCUCGCGGGCCUGUUUGUAUUAUUAUUGUUAUUUUUUUUUAAUGUCACUCGAAUAACGCGUCAAUCCAAUGGCGUUUACCAUGCGUUAAAUAACGAAUAAUUUCCGCCGUAGACGGGUAUCGCUCGCGCGCGCGCCAACGACAAUAACGCGGCGAUAAUAUAAUAAUAUAACAGUGCAGAAUUUUAUCAAAAAAAAAAAAAAAAAAAUCAAAUCUAUUUACGACGGCAUAUACGUUAUGUCGGUUUUUUCAUUUUAAGGCACCUAAUACGACGCGUGAAUUGUACGUAUAAAAAAGAACAAAAAAAAAAAAUAAAACGACGACACGGCACCCGCAAGGACGUGGCGGUGGCAGUGGCGGCGCUACACAUAUUAUAAUACUUACGGACGGCGUUAUAAUAAUAUGCGAAAAACGAAAUCGGAAUGGAAAAAAAAAAAAAAAAAAAAAAACCCGAUAAUAUCGGAUGACGGAUACUGCGCGGCGAACAGUGCGGUAAUAUUAUUAUUUAUCAGAACCCCGGGAGGCGAACUCGAGUCGCGGGCAUUUGUUGCCGUCGAUGUUUAUCGUCUUUGGAAAAACUACACCCGUACUAUUGCGUGCACUAUUUACCGCCGUUGUCGUUACAAUAAUUGUCGUUACGGCCGUACAGUCGCGCCCCGAGGUUCAUCGAAAAUUCCUUAAGCGCAUAUUUAAAAACGCCACGUUUCCGAAAUCGGCCGUGUAAUACGUGCCGUACAACAGGUAGGCGCUCGAACAGUAAUUACACUGUUGCGGCGAUGUGUUAGAAAAAAAAAAAAAAAAAAAAUAUCGUGUUUAUAGUGCGAGUCAUUCUUCGCGUCGAAAUAAUGACGCCGCGUAGUAUUUUGCCGUGUAUUGCGUGCCGUAACGGCGGAAUGACGGUGUAAAAAAAAAAAAAAAAAACAGAAAAAAAAAUAAAAAACAAACCGAAACAAAAACCAAUAGCUCGUGUUCUCGGACGUUUAGAGACAAUAGAAAAAUACGAUUCGCGUGAGAAUCGGCCGGCGAAUCGUCCGCGCGGGCGCCCGCUCCUACACCGCGAUUGCCGGUCUCGAAUAUUUCCGUUCCCCUCCCUGUCCCCGUUCAAUGUCGAUGAGUCCUUUACGGCCGUCAUUAUGUUAUUAUUGCACGCCUAUAUAGGUAUACGAGUGUACACGACAGUACUGUACGGUAACGUGUCAUUACGAACAUCCCGAGACGCGCGCGCGGAAAUCGCACAGGUAUCCACCGCAACGACCGCGAUGGUACGGGAUCACCGGCGAUUGCAACCGCCACGUCGUCAGAAUCGUUGUAAUUUUUUUCCCCUCGUUACCGGGCGUUUUUUCCGCGGGUAAGGGGGAAGACUGUAUUCCGAUUUAUGUUCAAUUUAUGUUAUUAUACUGUUUACAUUAAGCGUAAAACGCGUUUUCCACGUUUGCACGAUCGACGUACCAAAACCCCCAACAGAAUAAUAAUUAUCUGCACGGUUUAACGACAUAAAGUUUAUUUCCGUAUUUAUACGGGUAAACUUCAAUUACAAGAGGUUACACGAUAUUUUCGCGCAUUUUUCGAGGAAACGUUUGACGAAAAAUGUUUACGGAGAUGCCAGUUACGGGUUAACGUUUUUUUUUUUUUUUUUUAACGAUGGUAUCUCACUCCCUCUCCUCCCGGUUACACGUUGGGGUCCGGUUAUAAAGUGUCUACAUUGGUUUUUUAAUGGCCACGUAUUUUUCCUGUUGGUCUCUGUUCCGACACUGUCUGUGCAAUUUGAUUUCUCCGUGCAUAUCGUGCAGCCUAUCACAGUUCUUUUUUUUUUUUUUUAUGAUAUUUCUAAUCUAUUAUUUUCUUUAAACAAUAACUUCGUAGGUUUUUGUUGUGUUUCGUCUCAACAUUCCGAUUACGUUAUACCUUAUACUGCAUGCUGCCCGAAAAUCCGUUUACAUUAUGUUACCGCGUUGUAAUAAUGAAUAAUUAUUAAUUUUAAUAAAAUAAACAAAAUGAUUCGUAAAUCAAAUCAUAGCAACCAAUAUCUCUGCGUGAUGCAAGAUGCAUACAACAAUACUCGCGCAUUUAAAUAUUCGAUUCGUAUAAAAAUAUCGAGGUCUUUGCAAAAAAAAAAAAAAAAAACAGGUAUAUUCAUAUCAUGGACAAUACUGCAUAACACUUUUUACUGGUCAUUUUAUCUAUCUAACAUUGUAAAAAGCUGUAGGAACUAUCGAACCGUUCUUAAUGUAGCUGAAGGGCGUACCCGGUCAAUAAUAAAAAAAAAUAAACGAUUUUCCUUAAGUGUAUUAUUUUUAAAAUCUUCAAUUUUUUCCGUUUUUUUUCUUCCCCGACAUAAUCCGGUAUUUCGAUCCCUAUUGAAGUCGCAUAAUCCUGUACAUCAGCGAUAGUUUUUAGGUAAAAAAGGUUCCUCGGGCCGCAACUGACAUACGGCCAAAAGGUUUAUCGGCCGAAAUUUACCGGUAUCGACGUCGAAAAUAGCGCCGGGCCGCAACUCGCCUACAAAAGCCGUGUGACAAACGGUAUUUCCCUGCGUCCGCGGUGCGAUAUUGUAAUUUUUUACGCGCACACGGGUAAUGGGCGAAACCGGUUUUUUAAAACACGCCGUGCCGCUAUAACGGAUCCUCGGUACACACACUAUGCUCAAGCUCCGGCUCGGGGUCGCCGUGGACUUGACCUUAAAUGGUUGUCCGAGCCGCCCACGCACGAACGUUAAGGUUUUUUUUGCCGCGUAUCAAUCGGCCGUUCUCUCCGCGGUCAUUCUGUACACUCGUUCUGUUAGAUUCCAAACGUAUAGCGAAAAAUGUAUCGGUUUUGGCGUUUUACAGUGACGCGUUUUUUUCCCGGUAUGUUCAUAAAUUUCCUGCCAAAAAUCUCGCUUCGACGAUUUUCGAAUGUAUAGCGUCUUUUAUGAAUGCAAAAUAUGUCCGCGACAUUGGUGCAUUGGUGAGACAGUUUGUUGACUUUACGCGUAGUUCUUCUAAAUAAUCGGCGAUACCGGGAAAAUUUAACACGAGGUUCGUCAUGAUUUUUAUAAUACUCGUCGAGUGUAAUAAUGAUGCUGUAGUUCAAAUUUGUUUCAAACAUCGUAAAAUUACGGCUGUUUCGAAACGGACUGCUCAAUCGGAUUUCGUUCAGAAUCGUUUUUCCGUUAGUUAUGGUUACGCACGGAUAUAAAUCAAAUUACUUUUUUAACACGUAUUAUCCCGCGUUAUUCCGCUGCACAAAUGCGGCACGCCCGUCAGCAUAUUUAUCAUUUAUUUCAUGAAUUCAUUUUUUUUUUGUGUCUACAAAGAUUAUAAUAUUAUAUGCUUACAUAGCUAAAGUUGUUUCUUUGGUACACCUAACAAGAUAACGACGGGUUUGACAUUGUAAAUAGCGAUAUUGCAAUAAAUCGGUUUUCAUCGAAAACGGGCACGUAUAUAGGUGAAAUAGGGGUUUUUUUUUGGGUAUCACAGGUUCCGCCGCGAAAUUUGAAAAAUGUUCCUUUUUUUUUUUUGUAUCAUAUUAUAUACUAUAGAUCUCUAUUGUUUAGAACGUUUAAUUUUUUUUUUUAUUUAUGUAUGCCCCUCUCUCCGAUAUUUUUAUUUUCUUUACGCGAUUAUUAUUUGAAUCCGGCAGAGUCAACUGUAUAAAAUCGUCGUCGGUGCAUUUUAACCACUAGAUUUUAACAAACAACAAACGCAUUUUAAUAUUUAAAGUUUUUUUUUUUUUCAAAUAAGAUAACCGCGGCUCGGUGUUGUCCGAAAUAUUAUCGGAUGGUGAACUUUUUUUUUUUUCGUUUCAAGUUUGAAAUACGGCGAUAAUCGUUGUAGAUAAUUUUCCAAAAAAUAUCCACUAAUAUUAUGCACGAGUUGUGUUCCGGAUUCUUGUUUUGUCCAAAUAUAUACUAAUGCUAUCACGUUCGAUCGGACCAAAAAGUUAAUUUAUACACAGCUUGAAAACAAAAAAGAAAGAAGACAUUGUAAUUAUAUAGAUACUGUAUUAUAUUCCUUUGGUAGAUAACGUUUUAUCCGUUAAUAUCGAUCGAUUUUUAUUUUCAUCUCUCCUCCCUCUUCCCCGUCGUACUCUAAUAUUACCACUCAAAGGCAGAAACCCGACCCCCCCCCCGUCCGAAUCGGGUAAUAAAAUAUUAAAAUAUUUACGAUAUUCUUCGCGCGGGCGUGUAUAAUAUUGUACCCCGCAAUCACCAUGCCGAUAUCAUAUUAUAAUAUUCCGAAAGCAACGAAAAUUAGGCUAAACAUAUUCCUAGGUAUAUAUAUUUAUAAAUUACAAUAAUCUGCAAAACACGAUCUCGCGCGGAAAACAAUUUCGUUCGGCUGUACGCGAUUGACGGACCGUUUGGUUUUAUUAAUUUUUUUUUUUUAUUAUUUUUUUUUUAACCGAACGCUCGUCGAGCUGCUGCAGCUGCAUACGAUCGAUAUGAAACAAUAUUUGUUAUAGGUGUAUUAUGUUACGACGCGUGAAACGUGUCGUGCCGUCGUAUUAUUAUUGUCUGUCCGCCGUGCAAUUAUCCUACGAUUUAAUACCGAUCUCGAUGAAAUUUCGCACACCCGACGAUUGAAACAACCGCGGGGAUUGUCGUUUACUUUUCGCGUCGGAAUUUAACGCCGUGAAAAGGUGACUCUAAUUCGGUUUUAAAAUUUUUUUAGGUCGUUUUUCGGAUUACUUUGGACGCAAAAAAAAAAAAAAAAAUCAGUUAUUAUUAUUUUGAUUUGGCUGUCGUUGACUAGGAAGUAUUUUUUCUUAAAUUACCGGGCGAAAACGAUUGACUGUGACUGAUAGUUAUAUAGAUACCGGGUAAUUCAGUUACUCUGGUGUAAUUUUAAUGCACACUGUUCACGGCCACGCGGACGCCCAAUGUUACGGACGUUGAAUCGUGCGCAAAUGUAGUCCGGAGAAGGAUUCACAAUAGUCACUAUUAUUCGCGUUUCUACAUUAAAAUGGCUGUUGACUAAUAUGCAAAAUUCAUAUCAAUAAAACUCAAAAACGAAUUCGCAGUACUUUUGGAGAUAAAAAUACCCUUAAUCGGAAACCUCAAGGCAAAUUACUCCGCUAAGAGAUCUAUAAACAACGGGAGUUAUGUAUAGACGAAGCUGAGAAAUUUUGGAACUAGAAAACCACAAGGAGCAUUAACAUUGAUAAGUGGCAAAACACGAAAUGAAGUGCGCGAUGCAGCCGUUGGGCCUAAAGAAUGGCUUGUAUAGCUGAAUCAAGGGUACAAAGAUCAAAAACAAUCGAUACGAAAAUUUCGCACGGUCUUGCCGAAGUUGCUUAUACAAUCGAUAAUAAUGGUCAGUGACGCGUUCGGAAUUGAUCGGACGAAUUCAAAAUUGUCUUUUUCUCCGGUCUUCAUUAUAUUAUACAAGUAGGUCAAAAUAAUAUAAAAUAACGCGAUGACGAUUUCGUUCUUGUUCGCGCGUUUCGUCUCGUAAAAAUGUCUUCACGAAAAUGCUAUUUCAAAUAUUUCGAUAAAAAACGAUUCAUCAACGGGCGUCAUUUUUAACGGCCGUGUGAAUAACGUACAAGGCACGUAGUUUAUAACAUGUGCGUGUGGUCUCGGUGUUUUUUUUUUUUCUUUAUCGGAAACUGCGUUCAGCACGACGACGACGUCAUAUUAUAUUUUUAAGUACAAAACGACUGCACAUAUUCAUUAUUAUUAUUAUUAUCAUCUUGCAUUACACCACGUGCGUAAAAUAUUUUGACGUCUAGAGCUUUAUUAGUUUUUAUGACAUCAUCUUGUUUUUUUUUUUUAGAUUCUGAACAAAGCGUGGAGCGUAUUGGUUUUAGCGUAUGACGCGUUUUGUUUUUGUGUUUGUAAUCAACUUACCCUACCAGAAAUCACGCUCCAAUCGAAAAUUUCAUGGUUACUUUAUUGUAGAUUAUAUCUAGUCGAUGCAUAGAGACGGUUAUUUUUUCGAUUUUCCUUGUGGUUUUCACGUAGUCAAUGGGAAAAACUGAAAAUCGUUUGUGUAACUUUUGUUGAUUAAUGGGUUAUAUCUCGGCUGAAAGGGAAAAAUAAGACUAAUAAUAUUUCGUUCGGAAUCGUUUUUUUAUUAUUUUUUGAUGUUCUCAUCUCUCGUCGUUUUGUACGUGUCUGACCGGUAGGUAAUAAUACGCGCACGUACUAUUAGUCGAAUGUCCGUAUAAAUCUCCGUGUUACGACGCGUGAGUCGACAUCGUCCCGCGAAUAUUCAUUAUUUCCCGACGUCCGUCUCUCGUAAAUUAUUGCAGUUCCGAAAUCGAAUUUUUUUUUUCUCCUCAACUAUUUCGAUCAUUCCGGGAUUCCGAGUUACAGUAAGUUUUACCGUUUCGUACGAAUGGAUAUACCUACCUAUCUGUACAGUCAAUUUCCCGCGAAUAGUUUUCGAAAACUUAAUAUAAUACAGGAAACGCAAUUUAUGUACCGCGAAUCCAAAAUCGAUUUUGGCGUAGCGUCGUGACGAUUCGUCUGUCGCUUUCAUAUAAACUUACAGUAACAACGCGAGAUAAUAUUUUAUUAUGGCUCAUCGUCCGAUACAAUUAUCUAUAUACGCACUUCACGGGCAAAGUUUUCUUCCCGUGUUAUUUCUGUGUGUGCGCGUGAAAAAUAAUACCUACGUCCGACAUUUAUUAUUUAUUUCCACAAUCUUCAGUAACGCGUUUUAAUUGCACACACGCGGCCUGUUAUCAAAAAUACAUUAAUACUGUUCUAAUAGGCAGUUCGUUACAAUAUUAUGACUGCGCCAAAGGUAUACUAUGGUACCUAAGAUAACGAUUCGUAAAAAAACACGGACGUUAAAAAAAGUAAUAUUUUACGGUUGUUUGUUUGCUAGUAAAUCUAUCGACAGUACGUGUUUUUUUUUCUUUUUAAUUAACAAGCAUUAUAAAUAUAAUCAAUGCACAUUAUAAAUAAUGUAAAAAAACCAGCGUGUACCGGUUUUGAUUCGUAUGAUUUAUCAUACGAGUAUAAUAACAUGUAGCAAAACGUAUGCGAGAUCGGGCAAGUAAAUGAAUAUUUUAUGUUAAUUAAACUAGUUAUUCGGAAUAAAGUUAAUUUUUGUAUUCGCUAACUAAGUUAAAGUUAGUUUAGACAUUUUGCAUAGCGAACUUAGGGUUAUUUUCGAUUAAGUUUCGACACGAGCUCGCGUAAAGCGAGCGAACGGAAUAGUGGCCAAAGGCACCGAAACGAAGCAAUAUGAAAUUAAUAGCAUUAUAAUACCGGCAACAUAAUAAUAUUAUAAGACUUUCGCACACGCAAGAUAAAACGCAAGCGCGUUAAAUUCGAAUCCCAGAGCGCUCAAAUUAAUAAAUACACUAAAGAAAAAUGAAACUUUAGUUUUUUCGCCGUUUAGCGUCUUUAAAGGUAUUGUUCGCCAAAAGAUAUUUGUCGGUGUAGACAGCUGAAACGUGAAAAGCCCAUUGGUUCGGCACACCGCCUCCAAACCGAUGUCUCUAUAAAACGCUUAAAUACGUCGUAGAAAAAAGCCCCCGGAACGAUUUGCUUGGAAACAAUUACGAGAGACCCGCCGAAUAAAAUACCACGCGCAUCACACUUUACACUUUAUGCGAUUCGCCCGAGAGAACCGUAGUUCUAAACGCCAGUUUAAAAUCCUUAGUUCGCGGACGGACAAAGUUUGGGAACCACCGCAAUAUAAUAUAAUAAUAAUAUAAUCGUGAUAAUAUACAAUUGUAUAUCGGCGGAUUUUAACGAGCCUUUUAAACGCGCGAUUAAGUAUAGACAAUCGAACGGAUAUAAUUUAUCGCGGCGAAAACGUUGCGCCAAAUGUUCCGUCCGAUUGUUCGAAAUGUCGCGAUAUUUCCAAUUGUCUCGCGUUCCCUUUUCGAACCACGAACGGACCCCGUCGGUCUCGGUUCGCGCACACGCGCGGAUACCGUAGUCAUUAUUAUACAUCAACUUAAUUAUGGUGUUUUUUUUUUUGCGAGGGACGCGGUAGUGGAGAUUUUGUUUUUUUAAUAAAUCGUUUAAUUUGUUUUAUCGUCUGCCGAGACCGAGAGGGACAUAAAAAAUCUCCGCCGCCGCUACGACGCAUUAUUAUAAUGAUAAUGAUAACUUUAUAUAUACACGGUCUCAACCCAUUCGUUCCAGGCGGCGUUCCGUUUCCGAUCGAUUGUUACGUUGUUAAUUAUUAUUAUCAUUAUUGUCAUAAACAUUUCUCGCGAAAUUCGCUCGUCUACGACAUUCCUGCGGCGCGUAUGCGCGCCACGGGCGUAUCUCUUAUCGCCGCGAGUCACGCGUCUCGAAAAAUUACACCGGAGAUGCGUACACGGGAAAUAUUACUAGCGUUAUAUCCCUUUUUUCCCCGUACCGCACGAAAACGCUUUAUUUUUUUUCAUUAUUUUUUUUUUUUUUAAUUUUUAGAUUCUGAGAGCAGCGAAUGAUUUAUACCGGUUUUACCGUGACGUAGUUUUAUUUUUUACUCGGGAAACAUUUUUCGGAUUAGUGAAAAUUCGUUUCAAGUCGUACACCUCAAAAAAUGCGAAUCUUCAGAUCAAUCAUACCUAUACUUUAUCGAAAACAUUUUUCAACACGCUCAAUACAUUUUCCGAAAAACUGCUUUACGUGUUUUGUUUUAAACAUUAUUAGUUAGGAAAAUGUUUUUUUCAUGGAGUAAUUCAAAAGAUGUGGAGUUACGGCACAGUGGUACUGAAUUUUAUUUAUUUAUUCGUAUGGCAUAGACAAUGUAACGAUGUAGUGAUACUGAAAAGGAAAUAUUUAUCGACGUUUUCAUCCCUGUGUCUUUUUUUCUCGGCACUCUUUCCGGUUAUUAAAAAUAACUGAGACCUACUAUUACUAGCCUAUUCAGGUGAAAACUAUUCACGUCGUACGAUGAUGCGAAUUAUUCAACCGGAAGUACUGUAUUAGAAAAUAAAGUGUCUAGUCGCCUAAUAAUUUUUCUUUUAAAAUCAUAAACAGGUUGUAUUAGUUGGUCUUUGUGUUACGGGUUCAUAAACAUGAUUAAUACUACUAAAUUCUUCUACGUUCAGAAUCAUUUUUCGUUCGCAAUAAUUUCGCAUCAACGGAUAAUGUAAUAUGAGAUAAGUCGAUGAUGCAGUUAAAUUUGCAAAUUAUAUAACGAGUCUUCAAAGAAUUUAAAAUAGUAGAUUUAUCGAGCGUUUCAGAUUCUCCCUUACUAUAAAAUUAUAAAAAAAGCGAAAUAUAUAAGACCUUAGACUACUGCUACUACUACUACUAAGAUGUUUCAUAUUUCCCAUCUUGUUAUACGGAGCUAGCUACUUGGACGUCGAGUGGAAAAAUCGUGGCUAAAUAAACGUGACAUCGUCGAAUUCCAAAUAUCCCUAAAUAUUAAUUACGUUUAUCAAUUAUUUCCGAUUAAAAUAAUUUCGGGCCGGCGUACCCGCGAUUAUUUACCGGCGGGGGGGGGGGGGUAAAAUUUCAUGGGGGUAAAUAAAUCCCGGUCACAGCAGCAAGAAAAAAUCUGUUAGUCACCGUCGCCGGAACGACACAUUUUUUACCGAAUAUUUUUAUCGUUUUUACUAAAUAAUGAAUAUUGUUGGACAUAUCAUACUUUAACAGCUUUUAGUGCAUUUGAAUCCGCGUUCUAUGUGUACGAUGCAGGGUCCAUUGGCGAUUAUAAUAUUAAUAAUUGACGAUGAGUGGCUGUUAUUCCGCACGUUCGAUAAAAUAUUAUAUGCUCGCGGACGUUAAUGUAUAGGAAAAAAACAAAAUGCACUUAGUUUUCGCGGAAAUCAUCAUCGCAUGUGCUAUUAUAUUGGUAUCGCGGUAACAUAUAAUUAUUUCGACAUUAUAAUCAACGUUGAUAAUGGGAAUCUGACACAGCAAUCGCACGGCGGUUGAUACCGGCGUAUAAUACAACAACACUAUUAUAAUAAUUUUAUAAAAUACGCGGCUCUUAUAUUACAGAGUAUCCACACAAUUAUUUUCGGGUUUCGGCACAAUAAUAUUAUCCGAUUUUUUACACACGUGUCGUUUCACAUCUUUGUACAGUAAUAUUUGGCGUGACCGCAGCAUGGUGGCCGCAGAGUCGUUCGUUGCUUCAGAUAAUUGUUACUCUUAACUCUUAAAAAAAAAAAUACCUAGAAAAAUUCACAAGAUUUUAAAUCCCCCGAUCCCGGGAUCCAGAAGUAUAAAGAGAGGUACCGAGAACCGGAUCGGUCAAUCCACCGCCGAGACAGAUUUUCGUUUAGGUAGUAGUUGACAAACAGAUGCCAGGUGAGCGGCAGCCCCUUCCCGUUAGGAUUUUCCGGAAGGUUUUGAUAUUGACGAUACAUCAGUUUCCAAAAUCGGCCGAAAACUCUCUCGUUUAAAACGGCACAAAACAACAUUCUCUAUUCGGAAAACAAUUACGGAGUUUUAAAGAAUCCAAAAAAAACAUUUUGGUGGACGGUGAUUUUUUGUUUCGUUUGGAACAUAUAGAUUUUCACUGUUCAGACAUUAUUCUGCGGUCGCUCUGUAUAGUUUAAUACUAUUUCGAUCCGCCGAUAAUAGAAAACUAACAACAGCAUUAUUUUUAUAGGUACCUCUGUUAGCUGCUGUAGGUAUUUCGAUUCUCGCGAAUUCGGACCGAUGAAGGUUAAACAACAACUGCGAUCGAGCAGAUAUGGUAAAUAAUAUUGUUAAGAGCCGACGCACUUCGCGCUAUGGGCGUGUCGCUCUUGUAGGUUGGAAGUUAAGGCAUCAUAUUAUUAUUAUUGGGUGAUUGAAUUGACCAUCUGCGUGCUCAAUGAUUAAUCAUUGCUAACGAAAAACGAUUCCGAGCGAACUUCGGUUAAACAAUUCGUUUCGAUAAGCAUAAAUUAAAAGUUCUAUUCAUUUGUUAACCGCGUAAUAAUUAAUAAUUUUCCCCGUGGUGUUUUUUUUUUUUUGCAAAUUAUUUUUUGAGAAUUUUCAUGAAACCGUAGAAUUUUUAUCGGGACGCCGUUAAAAUAACUGACAAGAUCCGGAAAGUGAAUAAAAAAGAAAAAAAAAUGAUCGGAAUUUAGAAAUCUUGAACGCGAUAACACAAUAUCGUAUUUAUCGCAGAUAGGGAGAUAUGUUUAAUACAUGCAUGCGGACCGCACCUACGCGCAAAUAUUAUUGUUACGAUAGCGUCGGAUACGAACCCGUAUCAGUGUAGUAAAGAUAAUUAAAUUCUUAAUUCGCAUUAAACUUAAUUAGCGGGCAUCGCUGGGAGCAGUCGUUUAUUAUUGAAGGAGCUCGCGGGAAGUUUACGAAGUAUUCCGCGGACGAGUAGAUCGGACGAACGGGAAAUUCUUUCUUUGAAGUAUUUCCGAGCGGCUUUCUUAUUUUAAUAACGUAUUAUUAUUAUUAUGUUCAAAAACAUGUGUAUACUACACAAAAAUUGAACGCUAUAAUAUUUUCAAACUAGCCGCUCCGUUCGGAAUCUAAAAGCCAAACGAAAUAUCACGCGCGUCUUUCAUAAGCCGUGAAGUUUGAAAGUUAUUUCUAGGAUUCUUGUAUAUCAUGAACGGGCAGUUCAGAUAUGUCAAUAACGGACAACGUAAAAGUCGUGCGAAGUAUACAAAAUUGAAUUCGGUUUUAUUUACGCGUAUACACACACACGCGUGCGUGCGCGCGCGGACACACACACACACACACACACACACACAGUCAGGUCAUCAUGACGAAUUAUAUUGUGCAAAAAUAUUUUUUAAUUUAGCGCGUCAAAAUGAAAACCUAUUUUUCCCUUUUUGCACAUCACGUCGCAUCGUUGUCGUAAUGAUAACGCGUAUAUUCUGACAAACUCGCAGUAAUUAUUUUCGAUAAAUUACCGAAAUAAAAUUAAAAAAUUAAAUGUUGUAACGGCAACAAGUCGGCUGGGAGAAAAUUCGACUCUAUACUGACGGAGCUCGUGGCCGUUUUUUUUCUCUUUGCGUCCACUACGUUCAUUUAUUUUAUCUGAUAUUAUCCUGUAUGUGUAAUGCAAUGUUUUUGAAGUUAUUUUGUUUGAAAGGGCGCACGUACACCGGCAAGAGUAUUAUUAAUUUUGUUUACGAAAUUCCGCACUGUACGUUGAAACAUUAAACUUCAAAGAGUCGUUAAAAAAAUAUCACUAAUUUUCCUUACCAACAACAACAAACCAAAUACCAUAAUAUAGUAAAAUAUGAACAUUAAAACAAAAACAAAAUAUAGGUUUUUUUUUUUUUAUAUUAUAUUUUAAAACCAAUAUUGUAUAAUAUUUAUUUUUACGUCUCCCAAAAAUUAUAAAAAAUACAUUAUUAUAAUAAUGUUCUGCAAAAUCUGUUCCAAUCUUUUUUUAUAUUAUUAUUGAUUCAUCGUUCGUCGUUUCGUCUGCAGCGAUUCUUUUAUGUUUAUGUACCAAUAACAAGAUUCAGAAUAUUACAUGACCUGUAAUUUAAGCAUCGGAUUUUUGUCGCAGAAUAUGACAAAUUGUAUUGAGAACCUUAUCUAUUUUUCAAAUUUUUGUUUUUUCGGUUAAACGUUAAAAUACAUGCCAGUGUUUUCAAUUUUUUGUUUAUUUUUUUUUGCUUACUAAACUCUAAUUCGGUGGAUUUGCAGACUACAGUGUCGGCCACUCUUUCAGAACAUCACUACAUCAGUAGUCACGUGGAAUUCUACAAAGGGCACAACAAUUCCUUCAACUGGGGAUAACUUAUAAUCCGCUUAUAGUUUAAAACAACAUUGUAUCGGUAUAAAACAUCACACGGCCAUAUUAUUUAGUGUUGUAUACAUAACUUUGUGUGUUCGGGGAAUAAGCGGCGUUAAAUUUCCCAAAGAGGAAGGUUUUUUUUUUUUUUAAACUACAAACAAAAUUAUUUAGAUUAUGUGAAAAAAAAAAAGACAAUGAUGCGGGACUGACGCCCUAUAUUCUUCGUAUAUACGCUCCCGGCCAUAUACGUGUAAUAGUUAAAUUUACCCGCAGCAGAAAUUAGUAAAAUGAUCAGUUUCACAGCAGACAUUUUCGGUAAACGGAAAAUCGGUACGGUUUAUUGUGUUUUGAAAAAAAAUUAAAUGAAAUAAGUGGAAUAUUUGUACUAUAAAAUUUAUUUCCAGUGGUUCAAAAAGUAUGUCCAAAAUUAAAUUAAGUAUAAAUUCACAAUAUACAAUGUUUUCAGUUGUUCAAUACUUGAAUAGUAUAUACACUGAAAUUGAAAAUUGAGGAUUUCACCUUAAAUAAUACAAUACUCUGCAUAAUUUAUUACUCAUUUAAAACCUACCGACUUAAUUAAAUUCGUUGUAAUCUUUUGCGGACAUUUUCAUAUAAUAUUAUUAUUUUUUUUUUUCUUAAAAUGAUAUCCGAAUAUUUAUUGUACAACAUUAAUUAAUUUGCUUUUUCAGUUUGAAAAAUUUAAAUUAUAAUUUGAGAAACCCUGAAUUUUAACAAACGUACCAAGUUACGUAUUCCAAGUUCAAAACGAUCGAACCAAAUUUUUCGGACAACCGACAUUUUCGUUGACCGUAAAUACAUAAUAAUAGGCAGAUAAUGUAAAAUUAAACUAUCAUGCACCUAUAAUACUCAUUAGUAGUUAUAACUUAUAACUUAGUAUUAAGUACUAUUAUAACUUUAGUGUAUAUUUAUUUAAUCGCCGAAAGUAAAAAUUACUCGAUUUCGUUAACACUCUUCGCUUUUUUUAAUCGACGGCGGUAAAAAAACACAAAUCGCCGUAGCUGACAAUAACUGCGUACAGUGCGUGCACGGCCCUGAUAAUAUUAUUCCGUAAGUGUAGUUCGAAAUAAAUGUAACUACGACCUAUUGGAUUUCGGGAAAAGAAUGCGCAGAGUACCCCGUUCGAAUUUCAAACUAUCUUAAGGACGGCCGCGGCGUACAAUGGAAAUUAAAUUAAAUUCCGAUUUUAUCUCGAAAUCUGACACCUUACAAAUUUAGUUGCAGCCUAAUAAGUUCACUAGAAACGCGCACGUCAGUCGAGUGUAGGUAUACAGAUCGUAUACCGACGAAUUAUCAAUAAUAACGAUUUCGACGGCCAGAGAAAUGUCCUAAUAUAUAUACACACAUCAUUAUAAUACAAUUAUUAUUAUUGAACAGGCACAAAACAAAAUAAACCGAACACGGUCAAACGUUAAAAACAUUAUACCGUACGAAACAUUAUGACGUGCGGGCAAUGUGUUGUUUUUUUUUCCGUACGACAUUUAUUCCACAAAUAUUAUGACUAAUCGGUAAAAUUUAAUACGUAUUAUUAUGCCUAUGAUAAUAUACUGUAUGCUGGAAAUAGCGUUAGCCGCGUUCUGACAAUGCUGUUUCGAUCGACAUGGUCCCUAGCAUAGACUGUUUCGGCGACGUUGUUUACGGUUAUAUUGUCGGCCGAAUGCGCUUUUCGACAAACGGGUGGCUUAGCAAUCAUUAAAAACUACGUAUUCGGUUUCUGGUUAUGGGUCGGUGAAAUACCGCGCUGUAAACGAAACGAGUUUUGGCGAUAUUGCAACCGAGUAACACACAGUUUACCGAAAAAUAUGAUCAAAACGAAGAACAGAAAUCAUCGUUCAAAAAUAAUUAAAUUCCCAAAAAUAUACUAAGUAUGCGUUCCAGGUGAGCGUCCAAAUACAGACAUUGAAAUUUAAGAAAUCCGGUUUUACUUAAUUUUAUAAACAGUCGGAAUUAUUUAAGUAUAUAUACCGUUCGUAUAAUUUGACGCUUCCAAAAUUACUAUUCGAUUUCGUAUAAAAAACUCCUAGGAUUUUUUCUGUAUUUUAUCAAAAUAUAUUAUUUCUUUAUAUUAAGUGAUAAAUUGGCCCGCCUGGAGCGUCCCGUUAGUGACUUUAAUUUUCCUUAUCUAAUACCUAUGUCUUCCAAUCUAAACCCCUUCCUGACGAUUUUACGUCUUUCCUUACUACAUCGUGUGCGUGGUUUUCCAAGUGGCUUUUUCCCAGCAGGAAUUUCUUGAAAAACUACGCCUGUGUGAACGAAUUUUGACUACGCCACGUGUAGCCAAAAACUUUUCAAGUUAAAAAGAUAAUGUAAUAUAAACAAGUAUAGAUAGUAUAAUAUCAAUAGUUAGAACUAUUCGCAUUAAAAAAUAGUUUCAAAACUUUUUAAACAAAAUACGAUUCGAGUUGUUUUUAAAACGAUUUUUACUGUAAUAGCUGCGUUAUUGCUAUUUAUGAAAAAGUAUUUUCUAAAACGUAAUUUAUCUUCAUUUUAUUAAACUGCCUGCAGAAUCUUCGGUAAAUUAACAGACCGUAUGGUCAUGAAAUACGUUUUGUAUUGUAUGUCAUAAACAUGAUCUUUUUAAUAUAAUAAUCGGCUUUUUCGUCUUCGCGUCAUUGAAACACUAAAUAAUAUAAUUUUUGUCCAAUUAAAUUGUUACUAAUUGUAGUAUAAAAAAACAAAUCGCUUGUGCGUGUCUCGAACAAAUUUUCAAAUCUCAAUUUAAAACUUUUUCCUCGCCGAAAGCCAACGCGCUACGUUACGUAAAUAAUAAUAUAUUAUAACGGAUUUUCAUAAUAAAAUCCACCGCGGGGACCCGAAGGCCCUUUUAAAACUAGGACAUUGUAAAGCAAAAAAAAAAAAAAGGCGGUAAAAACCCCGGAAAGAAAAGAAAAACAAACUUAAAUUCAAACGUUCGAAACGAAAUUGUCCCCGGUUUUUUUUUUUUUUUUAUUAUUGUAUACGAAAUUAUUAAUAAAUGUUCUAUUUUUCUUAAACGUAUAUGCAUACAUAUUUCACCGGACAAAACUUUACGUAUUACAUUGGCUGAUAUUAUUCAGAACUAAAAUAAUGAAAACGGUAAACACGAACAAUAACCACUGCAGAUGCCAUACACUGCGUUGCCAUAACUCAUUUUCGAACCGCCCUAAACACAUACUGAAAAAAAAAAAAAAAUUAAUACAAAAAAAUUUCGUCUCGCUAAAUAUGUCAAAGAAAUCCUUCAAAGAGGCUUAAAUGAAAACGCGCGGUACACCGCGAUUUGUUAAACGCUUAGUGUCAAAAUUUAAAAUAAUUACGAAUAUUAACGAAAUUCCCACGGAGUGUGCAUCGCCCGCGUUUCUAUAACGCUGCCGUUAUUCCGUUUAGGACGCGCAUAUUUUACUUGUCGUGUUGUUGCGUUUGUCAUACAAUCGCCGCGGUGCAAUAUUUCACACGUUUCGAAUACACCGUCAAAAUAUAUUACACUAAUGGGUUUGUAUCCAAUCCGAAAAUAUUUUGUUUCAAUCGAAUUAUGGAAUAACGCGUUGAACAUUGACGUGUUGUUAUUAUAGUCAUUGCGGCGGGCGUGGGUAAAAUCUUUUACAAACAGAUUCUAUCAAUCCGAAACCUCGAAGAAUAGAUUUCGUGUGAAUCCGAAAUUCCAAAUCAUUAUAAAAAAUAAUUUAAAAUCGUAAAACAUCCAUCGUCAAAGCUGCGAAAUGUACGGACGGCUUAUAAAUAAUGCGAUAUUAUAUGCGAAUUAAUAUGUUAGGAUCAUAAUUUAUAAAUGUUAAAUGCAGUUAGGAAAGGAUAAAGUAAUAACAGCGAUUUGAAACGCUGUACAAUUUCGGUGAUUGUUAGUGCUGGGAUUUGCAUUGUUUUUCAAAUUUGUGCGAUGCUUGUUUUGCUAAUGAUUUUUAUCGUGUAUUUACAAUUGGGAAUAGGCAAACGUUUUAUUCUAGAAAUAUAUUAUAUUGUUAUGGUGUGCGAUUAUGCGUGAUAAAAGUACAUACGACUGAAAAACCCCAGGGGAAGCAAUAGUCCUUUUUGCGCUCCCCAGCGGUCGCCUUUGAGAAUAAGAAAUUUGAUUUUGAAUUUUUUGAUUUUAAGUCAUUAUUUUUUUUUUUUAGAGCAUCUUAGGGUUUUAUGAUAUAAAAUUAAAAUUUGAAAUUUUUAUUUUGAGUUUUAAACUUUUUCGGUUAGUAAAACGUUUUGAAUUAUUUACAAAUUGACCAUAAAAAAGAUACAGAUUUUUCCCAAUCAGACUUUAUUUGAAAGCAUUUUCUAGAUUCCGAACAAUUUUUAUUGAAAAUAAAAAAUUGAUCACAAAUGACGAUAUCAACAGUUUUAUUUUUGUUGAUUUCUAAGUAAAUUGACAACGAGUGGUUAGAAAAUCACGACUGUUACUGUAUAGUAAAUAAUUUUAUGAGUCACGUGCAGUUUAUCGCGUUCUCUUCAGAAUAGUUUUUUGAUCGCAAUGAUUUAUUGCCAUUUACAAAGAUGGCUUACCAACAGUACGAAGUAUGUCCUGCUUUUUAAUGUAAAAGAUACGUUAUGGUAUAUAUAUAUAGUUAGGCAUAUUAUUAUAUUCUAGUUGUAUUAAAAAAAAACAUUUUUUUAUUGAAUAUUAUUAAAAGAAAAAAAAAAGAAAUGAUUUAUAAGCACCGUGAUAUUAUUAUUAUUUUCGAGCUUCCUUUCAGAGUAAUAUUGUUAUUAUUAUUUCUUAUACGCGAUGAUUUAUUGUCGUUUUCAAAAUUAAAAUACAGUGACUGCGAUGUUCCGUGUAGGUGAGCAAAACGAGACGAUGAUGCUUCGAAACCCACUGCAGUCGGCGUAUCAUUUUUUCGUGCCACGUACCCUCUCUUCCACCCUAACAUUUCAGCCAAAAGCUAUUCGCCCGAAUCGGAAGCAAUUAUAUUUAUAAUAUGUAUAACGGAAACGAAAAACGAUUCAAUUAUUCGCUAUGCUUAUGUUGUAUAUUAUAAUAUAAUAUCUAUAUAUUUCUAUUCUAUACACUAUAAGCCCGGACUAAUAUAUUUUAUCAGGGUCGAGCGGUGGGCAAGUUAAUGAAAAUAUGUAUUAGAUUAAUUUGAUAUUUUUUCACAGUGUUAAUAAUCAUACAUAAGAUUUGUGAUUUUUAAAAUUCAGUAUGUUCAUUGCGUCAAACAUAGGUAAAAAUACAAGGUUAUAUUUUGCCCUUUUUCUCCCCAAACAAAGUACCCGGACAAAACAAAAGAUUAAAAUUAAAAUAAAUUCAAAAAUUAUUAAAUUAAUGAAAAAAAAAAAAAAACAAUGAAUAGUGAUAAAAUGUAAGUUAAUUGAGAAAACUAAAAUCAGAAGUUACGUUAAAUGUCAAAAUCAAUUUAACUUUUUAACUUGUUUUAAUGCUCAGAUUUGAUUAUCUAUUGGCUUUUAUAUAUAUAUAUAUAUUAUGACACGUUGGAUUUUUCAUUUCCCCGCGGCUCGAAUCGGCUUUCGCAUUAGACGUGGUUAAUUUUUUUUCUCCUUUUCUAACACCCUGGUCUCUUCACUAUACACACCCAAUACGCUGUUACAAUAACGACGUUAUUGAAUCACCACCGUUUCGGGUCAGUAAAAAAUAAUAAUAAAUCCGCUUAUAGGAACGCGCACCACAGUGUUUGUGUAACGGCGUUUUAUAUGUGCGUAUAUAUAUACGUAUAUAAGUAUAGAAAAACCGGGUAAAUCAAUUUAUUUUUUCCCCCUAGCUCUGUCGUUAUUCUAUAAAAGCAAUGGGGGCGAGUCUGCGUUUCCUACAAAACACGUUUCACGACUUUUCGCUGCGUAGUCGUCUGACGGAUUUUUCAUCGCGAAAACCGCGAAUCUAUUCCUUCUAUACAUAUGUAAACUCAACAGUACGCACGUAUACACAAGUACAACUUAUAUAUGAGUCAUGGACUCGACCACAUUUUUGCGAAAACAAUACUGUUUUCAACCAUAUCGUAGAUUGUACGUAUAUUAAAAAAAAAAAAAAAAAAUAAAAAACACACCUGUAAGCACCACAGUUCCGUAUCAUUAUAGAGCCGAAUAUUUUCUCAGCAUACUUGUCGCCGUCACCGUUACAAUAUUUAAUUUUAGAUUCUGAGUUAAGCGAAGAAUGGUAAUAUUGGUUUUACAAAGAUAAAUAUGAUAUGUAAAUACUCUUUCUACCAGACCUUUCUUACUCUGAUUAUCAAGUAUAUCAUGACUUUUUUUGAAAAGAAAUGUUCUCUGGGUGGUACUUUAAAGAUAACAGUUUUUAAAAUUCUUAUCAAUAUUCGAGGUAAUGAUGAAAACCUGGUUCUUUAGAUCAAAAAAGAUAAAAAAAAUUAAAAUAAAAUUGUCAUUGGCAACCGUUUUUAUUUAUUUUUUGUUAUUAUUAAGUUUCGAUUUUUUUUAUAAUUUUUAAACAAUCACUGUUGUCACGGAAACUCACAUUGUUGUAAUCAUUUUACCAUAUUGUUAUAUAUUGUAUAUUGUCGACAAAGCAACUCUAUCAACUGUAUAUUACCUUUGCCUUCUCAGCCGAAGAAUACGUAGUUAGGAGUUUAAACGUAAUAUAAGAACACAGGCGUGUUUUUCUUCUCGGAAAACAUUUAUUCAGUCGGUGAAAAUAUUCCGAUUUUUGCAUAACGUGUAUCGAAAUAUGUGGAUUUUCAAAUUCGAUAUUUUAUGGGGACAUUUUUUUUCAAAACUCCAAAUACUAUUUGUUUAUUUAAAAACAAUUUCUUCGGCGAGUUAAUGUUCAUAUUUUUUUCACGCACUUGGCAAUUUCUUUAUAGUUUUUUUUUGAUUUUUUACUGCAAUCAUCGUCGUUAGUAUAAUAUAAACUAAAUAUUACGCUUUAUCCCGAUUAUUAUGCCUUUCAAACUUCCCGGCCUACAAUAUCGGCCUACUUACUAUAAUGCGAAAUAUGUCCUACUUUUUGUUUUUUCGGUAAUAUUUCAUUUUAUCUUUUUCGUGCGAUUUUCGUGGGGGACGCCGCGCCGUCGCGAAUAGUCAGCUCGACGAUGCUGGUGAAUCGCUCGACGCCCACACCGUGUCGUGUUUUGACACCCGGUAGUGCACACUCGGAUGAUAUCUCAUUGCUUUAAUAUUAUUACCAUCAAAAUAUAAUAAUAUUAUGCAAAUUUUCGUCAAGGACGACGUGCUCGCCACGCACAUCUCUGUGCACGUUUGUGUGAUGUAUCUAUGUGAUGCGUAUUUACCUUAUACCGGGCGGCGUAUUUACAAACCCUCAGUGAUGUAUGGCUAAAAUAAACCACGCCUUAUUCACGUAUGUAGAGAUAUAUGGAGAUUUAAAGGUACGAUCCAAACAAAUAUUUUUCGCUUCGCUUGAACACUGACUCUUUUAGAUCCUGAGUGGAGCGAAGAAGUUUAUGGUGUUUUACAAAGAUAUUUAUUUAUUUUUUUGAUCCAUAACAACUACCAGAAAUCUUGCUCCAAAUUACAAUGCUAUCAUUUUUUCUGAGAGGAAAUCGGAUUGGGGAUUUACUUCAGGGAGGUAAUUUUUUGAUAUUAUCAGGAGUUUUCUCAUCAAAUUUGAAAACCCAAAAAAAAAAACGGAGGAGAAACGGGAAAAUGUACGAAGUUGUUUAUUAGUAAAAUAUUAAGUAUAAUACUAUAAUAAUUCAUCACUCAACGAAUUAUCACAAUAAGAAUACAAAUUAAAUAUUAUGAUAAAUGAUAGUGGGAUUAAGUGUCCGAAGUCCUCUACAUAAAAAAAUUCACUUCAAGGAUAAUUUGAUUACGAAUGCUUGAUAACAAAAUUUUAAUUUUUAAAUGAAUAAUAAUAUUUUAUAAAGAGAAAACAAAAGUAAAUCUUCGUUUUACGUGUUCGUCCUGAAUUACAUUUUGCUCUCGUUAAAAUUUAUUUUACAACAAUUUAUAAAAAUAUAUAAUAUUAUAAAUUAAUGUAUAUUGGUAUUUAUAAUUAUCAUAUUAAAGGACAUACGCUAGAUAUACGGCCGUAUACCCGCGUGUCAUCAAUUUGUCAUGAGCUACACGCCACGGAUAAAAAUAGCGCGAUGAGACGUAUAACUCCCAAUACACCACUGCAAACCCUGUAUCCGAGUACGGUCCAAGCGUUAUGUUUAUGAAUACGUUACGCGUAUUUAAUUAAACAGGAGUACAGGACCUACGGGUGUUUGAGUUUACACUCGGGACGUUAUAAAUAUCUUGGAGCAUUAUCGGGUUUGGAUCAACAAUUAGGUUACGGUUUGCUGUUUCCAGACGAUUUCCCUUCUGUUAUGUCUAAAUUCGCGGCGGCUUUUCAGGAUCAUUUUUGUUCUCCGAAAAAGCGUUGUCCGGAAAAGAAAACCUUAUCUUAGUAAAUCUUAUUAGUACUCUUAUAGAUAGCCUUUUCAUUGUACUCAGAAUGUAAACGAAAAUUCCGGGAUUACAUCUACCUACCUCUCUCCACGUUAUAAUCCCUCGCAUUUCGUACCUGCGGGCUCGGACGGACAAUAUUAAAUUAUGUUUUUUGUAAAAAACUGUCGACCGAACUCUAUUAAGACCUAUAAUACUGUCGGGUACGUUUCGACUCGGAUAUUAGGAUAUUAAUUUCAUAUCGCGGUAUUUACCGACGCUACCGGGCCCGGUCAAUGGCAAACGCGAGGACCGCGGACGUGACGUUUUCCAAAAUUAAUAUCGUAAUUAUAUUAUAAACGUAGGUAUGUUAUAGACAAACCGCAGCUCGGUUGUCGCGCGAUGCGCGUACGUUUAAUCCGAUCGAUCUUGUCGCGAACCGGACGUCCGGUUCGUCCGCACGGAUUACGAAAUGCCCGGAGUAUAAUUUCCGCUCGCAUUAUUAUACCGCUAUUUUUACUAUGUUUUUUUUUUAUACAUAUAUAUAUAUAUAUAUAUAUUUAUGUACGGUGUAGCGUCCGAAUAAUAUUCAAAAAUUUCACAUUUUCUGAUAAAAAAAAACCAGAUUUUUACACACUCGUUCGCACCAUAGUGUCGUGCGAUUUACGUAACGAUAUUAUAAUGUUGUCAUCGAUCGGUGUACUGCAGUGAAUUUCACGUGUAACACAACGUAAUAUUAUUAACCUUGUCUUCCGAAAAUUCCACUAAACGGGAGAUCUGUUGGAAAGUGGUCGGAUACCGAAAUAUUUAGAUUGCUUUGUGAACAAUGGAACGCCGUAAUACGAGUAUAAUACGACCAUACGAUCGCGGAAUUUUAAUUUUACUAUCAAAUAUAACGGGUAUCUUAAUUCGAAUCACAAGCGCAAAAUAAGAGCUGAAAUAAACGAUAAGAAAAAUCGGUAACGUUGAACGCUGGAUUCCGAUGGAAAUAUAGUCAGCAGAGUUGAAUUUUGGAAAAAGAUUCAACAGUAAAACAUCAUCAAACCGUUCAGAGUUUUAGAAUGUACGAGGGCUCAUCAAAAAGAAUCCAGGCCGAUACUAUUACCUCGUAUACCGAUCAUCCCUGGCUUUUGAAAUGUUGAAUUACUUUGGAAUUAAAACAAAAUAUCGCGAAAAUAAUCUUCUCGAAGUUUAUAAAGAAUCUAUGAAAACAGAUGUGUUCAGAAGUAGUCGCAGAAACCAGUGAUAUCAAUCCUACUGUUUUUAUUAACGCUCGGUUUACUAUCGGUCUCAAUACUUUUGGAUUAGUUCGCGUAUUAUAUGUAUUAUUAUACAUUAAUCAUUUCGAUUGAACGUCGCUGCAUAUUGAAAGACUCAUCUACGUUUUCUAUCGGUGUAUCGGUGCAAUUUUUAACCGAUACCGAUGACUACAAUACGACCAGUUACGCGCCCGUGAAAAUUUGAUCGUAAAAUUAGUUUUGUUUUUUCCUCUUCGGUAAAAAUAUUAUAAUAUCACGGGCGAAUUGGGACGUUACGCGUUUGUCGUAUUUCGCCGAUUUGCUACUAUUGGUGUCUACAGAUAUUAUACGAGCGGAAACGUAACCGAGUCGGUUGUAGGAUUUUCGGAGGUUUACGAAUCAUAACCUACUCGUCGGUCCAAACCCGAUACCGCUGUGAGGAUGAUCGUGUGAUACGCCUAAAACCUGUAGACCGUGGUCGAUGAAAAACCAUGACGGUUUGCGUAUUUACAUACCACAUGGUACAUGGGCCGAACUCGGAUAACACGUUAUUCCGCCUCUGUAUAGCAAACGGUUUUUGAGAUUAUGUAAUUUUCAUGAUUUAUUAAUUUGUUAUUACUCGUAUUUCGCAUCGCGGUACACUGUUUGUUUACCUUCGGGUCGAAAACAGUAAUUAUAAUUAUUAUAAUAACAGCGACUCGGUUUAAACGUAAUUUAUUUUACCGUACGAGUAUACAAUAUUUUGGUGUACUCACGAUACGUGAUAAUAUUAUUAUAGAAGGAUGAAAAUCGUAAUGAAUGUACGGACGACACACGUACGGACGUCCGUCUUCGUCUAAUCAAACAAAUUUGACCUAUUUCGUGUAAUAACUUUUGCAAUAAACUCGGGUUUAGUUUGAUUGAUAAUUGAAUUUAGAAAUAAAAUAGACUUCGGCAAACAUACCAUUUACGAUAUUGUGCAGGGGAAUAGGAGGGGUAGGGGAAAUGGUCCUUCCGCCGGAUUAUAAAUGCAACUGCAGCUAUAGCUUACUUGUAUACAUUCGGCAAUUCAAUUUUGAAAUGUAUUUAUCUAUAUAUAUAUAUUUCUGUCGAAUUACAAUUUACAAAAAAGUGUUCGAUGUAUUGAAUGAAAAGACAGACAUACACCGCACGAUGGGUGGGCGCCGCCGUUGUGGCCGAGAAACUGGGAAUGAAGGAUGAUAUCUAUAUUGUCUUUGAAGUGAAUUUAGUCUAUAUCUGUACGCAACGAUAAACCAUAGCUAACGAAAAACGAUUUUAAGCGAAGUUUCUUUAAUACACGUACGCAAAUUUUCCCGUCUUGCUUACGUUUUUCCCAGUUUUCCCGAAUAUUAUGAAAAUCGCUAGGGAAAUAAAAAAAAUAAAACCCUCUAAAAGUACCACCCAGAUAGUAUUUCUUUUCAAUAAAUAUACUACACUCGAAAAUCGGAGCGAGAUUUCCGGUGUAAAAUUCGUUAACAGAUAAGAAAAAAAAAAAAAAUAAACAUUAUUGCGUAAUACCUUCCUCGGUACGCUCUGAACCUAAAAUUUGCUAUUUUCGGAUCCGAAUAUUGUAAUUUCUCAAACGCAACGCGAAUAUUCUGUACACUUACACCGGCAAACUUGAAAGACGGAGGAUUACUCCGGGGCGAAACCGAGGUUUUUUUUCGGGGGGGGGGUUUAAAAGGGGUAGAUGACUGAAUCGCUCGAGUAUCCGCGUUUUCGCCGGCGAGAUGAAGAUUUAUUCACGGGUGUGUUAUUCACUGCGCAGAUAAUUUAUUUAUAUACCGGCGCGCUGCGGUGUAUAGCGAUUUGAAAGGCGCGUUUGACGGGCUAUCGACGUAUUCGUUUAUAACCGGUCGGCCGUUUCGCGUUCCGCCCGAUGUUAUAAACGAAUCGCGUUCCGUUACGGACGAAUUAUACCGUACAAUAUUAUCAUACGGUUUUUUCGUUAUUGUUCGUUGUUUUUUUUUUCUCGUCGCCAUACUGCGCGCGCACACACACCUCGCUCGGUCGCCGUGUACCGCGUGCGUUACGGGCGCGUUCGUUCACACCUCGGCACGUUCUCCGCGGGCCCGGCGACGACGUACGUUCGUUAACGACGCGGACCCUGAGCCGCGCGCGCGUGCACGGCCGUCUAUUUAGCGCGCCGUCCAUAAAAUUACGCGCCGUUUUCGCCCGUCGUCUCCGCCGCGCUAUGUGCACGCGCGCGGUUUAACGAGAUGCCGCCGCUCCUUCGCGUGUACACCACAAUGCGCAUUAACCGUACGCAUACACAGCGGCACGGCCAUAGCCUUCCCCCUCGGGACCGUGAAAUAUUACUUUACCCCCCACCCCCCUCCUACUCCCCUACCCCCCUCCCGGGCCCGCGGCGUCGCGUCCGACUUAAUUCCCGGCCGAGCCGACGGCGGUCCCGUCGCGUCGCUACGGCAUCAGUAGCGUUUUGCCGGCGGCACGACCCGUACCGCGCCGCGGUCGAUUUUACGCGCGGGCCGCCGGCAGUGACGGGACGGCGGAGCGGACAACGAGCGCGCACGGCCGCGGGUCCCUUACGGGGCGCACGGGCUUCUUACGGCGUCCGGCUGUGCGUGAGUCGACGGCGUUCAGUUGAGCGGGUGUCGGGGAAAAAAACCGGGGAAAAUCGGGAGCGUAUAAAUCAGCCGGUAAAAGGCCGUAUUUAAAUACGGAAUACCGAACCGGCGGUGUCCACGCAGAGACAAAUAUCCGGGCGCCGUUUUAAAAUGUGAUCGAACCGUCGCCGAUUCGUUAAAAGGGCGCGUGUACCGCGUUACGAAUGCUAAAUCGUAUACUCUGUGCGCGAUAAACAUCUUUAAAAAACUGUUUUGCUAUUUCUUUGCGAAACAAUUUUUUUUAGCUUUCUGAAAAAAAAAAUGCGUUUCAGUGGUAUACGCCCUUUUAUGACCGUACGCCGUCGAUAUAAUAAUAUCGUACCACGGCUAGGCGUAACGGAUUUUCAAAUGCGUAACGCGCUAUAAUAUCCCGCGCGAAAAACCCGCGUACGAAUCGACGGUACACCGAUAGACGGUCACGAUAAUUCCCGCGUUAUUACGCACUAUUCGCUUUUUCGCCAAUAAUUAAGAAUGCCACAGCUUCUAGAUCUAUCAGACAAAUGAGUAUACGCUCUGGAAAAAAUGAAAACUUAAAAUGGCGUGAGUCCGGCACUACGCUUGCACGGGGAGGACGCGCAAACCCCCGCUCGUGUCUUUUUUAAACUUCGCGCCACUAAACAUGUAUACCAUUUGUUCGCCCACGUGGCAAACAUUUUUUUUUUUUUUUGUGAUUUUUCAAGCGGUUUCCAUAAUAAUUGGGAUAAACACAAAGUUUUCUUUUGCGCCUGCGUUUUCUUCGAUACACUCUAUGACGCAUUGUAAAAUUCCUCGAUAUUUUUAAAGCACUUAUGAACUUAUUAACUAAUUACGAAUUAAAUGAUCGGUCCGAUUAUCUAGAGAUUACACUAGUUACAUUGAUAUUUUGAAAAAUUCGUGUACACGUAGUUUUGAAGUUUGGACCGAACAAAUAAAGCGGAAAAAUUACACCAAGGUAAAAAAAAAUACUUUCGAAAAUUGACUAAAGUCCUUCUUACCCAGGACCGUGUAAACAUUAGCAACCGACGUUCUACGAGAUUUAGCGAUGAGUCUGUCAGUGGCCUUUAUAAUAUCCUAGUAUAGAUUUUAUACCGCGCGUAUUUACAUUAUUGACGAACAUUACACGGUAAUACAGUUCCCAGGCAAGUACCUCCCCUCCCUAUUCCGCAUUUGAAAUAUUUAUGAUUCGUGAUACCGCGGCGAAACGUUCUUACUUAGGUUGCCAGUAUACAGGGCGUCCCGCAGAGAACUGACAUAAUACAAUAUUAUGCAAUAGGUAUAAAUUAUUUGUUCUGUUGAAUAUUUUUAAUUUUUAUUUGCUUUGCAAUAAUUACGACCGGAGCCUUGCUGCGCCGUGAUCUCAUUGUUUUGUAUAUUCUGUGAAAAACUAAAAAUAAAAAGGUUUACAUACUUAUUUUUCUACAUACAAAAAAUGCCAUUUUGAAAAUUGAUUUCGAAACGAAAUGUUUGCAGUACAAUAAAUUGGUCAUUAAUGACGAAUCGUUAAUUGUUUACGAGCGUUUAAAGUUUACGAUAAUUCAAAUUAUUGUUUUCACUGACAACUACACUAUAAACUGUAUCAGUCCAUACUCCGCAGAAUGGGUUUUACGAGAGGGUAAUAUUAUUGAACUGCCGGACAUCCGAUAGUGAAACGGUUUUGAAUAUUAUCGAAUAAACGGGACGACUUACAACAAUACAGUAUAGGUAUUUUAUACUGGAAAACAAUAACGUUCGAUUUCUCGAUGUCUGCGGGUAUUUUUUUUUUUUUUUGUUACCGGAAAUAAAAAACGCUCGAUAAUGUUCAAUAGUUAUCUACGGGUAAACGUUUUGUACAUUCGGGGCAAUAAGGUAUAGCGAUUUGAUGGUUGAUAUUUUGGUGUUCGCGGUGUUCACUAUGGAACUGGUGAUGUUAAAUCGAGGAUUUUUCGCCGAAUACUUUGCCUGCGUUAUGGUUUCGCCUAACGAUAAGUUCGCGUACACGUUAAAAUACAAAAUACGCUUUCCGAUGAAAACAUGGAUGGUGAAAUAAUUUAAACAAUCCGAAAUUGCUUUUUUUACUCCGACAUAAUAAAUUUGUAUAACAAAAUAAUUUGGUUCUUUUAUCUUUUAAAACAUCGGGUAAUUCAUUUUUUUUAGAUUCUGAGCGAAGCUUGGUUUUAGUACGAUUUGUUUUUGUACAACUAGCAUUUUAAUAGAAUCAGUUUUCGUUAGCAAUGAUUUAUCGGGGCGUACAUUUAUAGAUCAAAUAACUUUAUGUAUCUUAUUUUUCCAACUUCCCACCUGUACAAGAUACAAUAAUGGGGCAUCCAUCAGCAGUAGAAUCAGCUCUUUUUUUUUAUGUCCUUUUAUAACACAGUUUUAAUGAUUCGGUUGUUUAAAACAGUGUUUUCAACACGAAAUCAACUCUGGUGUAUAGCCGGAUAUUAGACCGCGCGCGAGUACAUUUUCUUUGCAUAAUAAUUACGGGAUUCUAUAAUCGACGCAUAAUCCGGGUGGCAGUAUUAAUUAUUCUCUAAAUUCACCAUAAUAACCGAAAACCGAAAAUUAUUAUUUCCGAUAGGAUAACCUACUGAAAUGUGGUAUAUAGGUAAUAUUAUUUUAUAACGGAUACGGGAACGGAGCUGUAUUUUCGACGAUAAUCAUUCGGCGGGCGACCGGAAACCGUAUAUUUAUAAUAUGAUGUUACGCACAUAUCGGUCGUGACGGAAAGCCGCGGAAAUUUCACGACGGCCCUCAUAAUAUUAUAUUUCACUAUCAUCAUAAUAGAAAUGCCCGUUUAUAACGCGCCUGCAGGUACGCUGUUGACGCAAUAAUGUUGUCGAAUUACCAUAGUAUUACCGAGUUUAAAAAGAUAACGAAAACCGCCCAGCGUUGCGAUAAAUUAUUUCCUAAUCAACAGCAACGAUAUUCCCGGUUAAUAAUAUGUCCGGGAAAAAAUUAUUAAACGGGCGAUAAGGAACAAAGCGAAACGGCUUUUAGCUCUAAAUUUCUGCUCUCCGUCACAAAGUGUCGGUCCGUUCGGUUUCUUUUUUAAACAAUUUUCCUGCCAGAAAUAUUGAAAUAUUACUCAAAGCUACAAGCUUAGCAAUUUUUCUGAAAGGAAAUUCGAUUAGGGAGGUGCUAUAGGGAGGUUUUGAUUUUCCCAGGAGUUUUCUCACAAAAUGUGAAAAACCAAAAAAAAAAAAAAAACCGGAGAAAAAUAUGGGAAAAUCGGAUCAAUAUUAAACAGAUAUUAUUAAAGAAAAUAUAUAAUGCUUAUUCCAUUAUUUUAUCAUUAUGUGACGUAAUAUAUAUUGUUGACGAAGCAUCACUAUCAACCGAAUUCCGCUCAGAAUCUUUUUUCCCGUCAGCGGUGGUUUACCGUUGCUUACAGAUAUACAUUAAAUUUCCUACCUUCCCGAAUUCCCACCUAAAACAGUGGUUGCACCGUCUCCAUUGUCCUAGGACAUAUUUGUAAUAUUAUUUUUGUUAUUAUAAAAUCGACUAUGGUGUACAGAAAUUGCAACGGUAUAAUAUUGUUGUCGAAAUAUUCGUUCGCAGGGAUUCGUCAAAAAUGUACCGAUUCGUUCCGGAGGAUGCGCGAGAGCUUUGUCAGGCGUAAAGCGAUUAGUAAACCGAACUAAUCGAACUUAACCUUACCGAUUCUCUUAAUUGUCCGUUAUAAAUUUUGUUACACGUUAAGUUUCGAUUUGUUUUUAUGUUGCAUAAAUUACCGCAAUAAACUCGCGGUCGCUUGUUUUUUUUUAUAAAUUUAAUUGGAAUAUAUAUAUUAUACAUUCAAAUACCAUUUUUAGAUAGAUUUGCAUAUAUUGUGCUGUUUGUCCGUCAAAAUAAUGAUUAAUUGUAUUUUUAGUGAAAUUCUCACCGACCGCUGAGCGUUUCCAAUUAUAAUUUAUAUGCAAAUUGUCCAUAGCCAACCGUUUGACUUUUAUUUUCUAUACAUAUAGAAUUUAUCUAUUUAUUUUGUAUCAUUAUUAUUAUUACCUAAGUAUAAUUAUUUAAUAUUGAACAAAAUUCAAUUUAAUCGAAAAAUAUAUUAUAAUAACACUCGUAUAUAUUUGAAGCUUGGGUCAAAAAGGCCAAUGUCACUUUUUGGUGAAAAUGAGUUAUUUGGUCAAUUUUGUAAAAUUGUAUACGAUUUUUCUUAUGAUAAAAGCGCAUACCUCAAUCAGUGGCUCAACUAAGAUUUAAUUUUUUUAUGGGGUUUUAUGAAUAUGAAAAGAAAUUAAAUUUUGAAUAUUGUUUUUGUGGUGGAGGGGUUAAGAUUUAGUGUUUAGUUUAACGUUUAUGAGUAAAAUCUUUAAAUUGUUUAACAUUCAUUUAUAAACAACGCAUAUUGAAAAACAAUUUUGACUCGUAUUAAUUAAUAAUGUUUUUAAAUAAACUUUACUCAUAAGUCAUAGUAUGAUAAUAAAUUACAAUCCGAUUAAAUAUCCGUGUAGAGUGUCUCGCCAUUUCAUCAAACGCUGAAUCUGGUUUAACUUCAAUGUCAGUAUGUAUGUUCCAUUCCAUUAAGUAUUUGUUGUUCUGCUGUAUUUCUUAAAUAAAUCGUUUAGCCUCCUAAGUUUAGAAAAUGAUCUUUACGUUUCCGCAUAGGUGAAUAUGGACAAUUGUACACGGUGUAUAGACAUUCGAAUUAUUGAAUGUCACUUAAGUUUAAAAGUGUAUUCAUUUCCAUACUAUUGAGUUAUGAUUUAUUUACAAUACGUUUUGAAGAUAUCCGUGCUUACGGCUAAACUGUCAACAGAUUAAAUCGUCGACAGUGAAAAUAGCGAAAAUUAUGACAUAUCGAUAGGUUGGAACGCAGAUAGGCAAAAAAUCGACAGAUUAACGAAAACGAUCGACUGUCGAAAUAACACGUAUGAAAUGUCCGCACUCGUCGCAAUUCAAUAAUAUAAACCGAUAUAGCAACAUUAUUAUAUCGCUUUACGGUACAGUACUUAAACGAUUAAGAUUAAACUCGAACGGAAAGUAUUGAUAAAAAUCCGGAUGAAACGGUCGAAAUAUUAAAAACCCGCUACAGUAUACUGCAGUUUGUCACAAUACACAUAGGUAACUACUGUGUUAAAACUAUUAAACUUGGAACGAAUUUAAAACUAUUUAAAAGGUAAGUUCAAGUGUUAUAUUUUUACUUUAUACACAAUGAAUGACAGUGAAAUCGCUAAUCGAAGUUCCCGAUUUUCCAAAGACAAAACAAAGUAACUGUAGAUGAUCAUUUUUCUCCCAGAACCACGCAACGCGCGCGUAAAGAUCGCGGGGCACUUCUACUGGUACUUACCGUGUGUUUAUAAAGAGAAGAAAAAAAAUUAAAUUUAAUAUUUAUUUAUACGUACAAAUAAAUUACGCGGACUGAUUUUUAUUAUAUUUAUAUUGUAAUUGACAUUUAAUUGCAUUAAUAGUGGACGGAACAAUUAAUACAGUGCCGACAAUAUUCUCUCGGUCGUAUUCGAUGCGCGCCCCCGUAGGACACAAAACCAAUAUUACAAGGUUUACAGGAUCGUAUUGCGACGUACGUUUAUGUUCCGUACUGUAUUUUAACGGACUCCGAGCAAGUGGCAAUUCAAGCGGCCGAACAUUACUUCGUUGAUAAUGAACGUUGGUUUGUUGACACAUGUCGUUCUUUUCGAUGUUGCCAAAGGCGACAUUUCAGUCCGUCGACAUUUUGAGCGUCGGCGCUUCGACCGGCCGGGCCCCUAUAAUGGCGCACGAGCGCGUAAUAUCGGAAAUUCGACCGUUAUAAUACGUUAUUAUUUUUUUCGAUUGCGAUCGUCACCGACACCCGGCAGACGGGCCCGCGUCGCGAGAAAUAACAUUGCGUAUAUAAAAAAAAAAAAAAAAUCAAAACACAAAUCAUUAAAAAGCGCAUCAUACGUGUAUAAUAUUACAUUGCGUUCAUUUUAACGCCGUCGCGUCAACACGGUGGCCCGCGCGCGCGCGCGCGUCCACCAGUAAUCGCGGUCUCGCGCACGCGCGCGCCGCGCCAAGAGGAGACGACCGCGACGGCGGCAAUGACACGACGUCGAAGGGCCGUAAAUUGUUGUCGCCGUGAUAUCGUUUUCGCGCGGCACAUACGUAAAUAAUAUUUCGUGUUGCGCACGUGACGGGCCCAGUUGGCGAUUGACCGCCGCGCAGUACCCCCGCGCGGUCGUCGCCGCGCGCCGACACGUUAACGGCGCGCCCGUCCCGCCCGCCACGUCGGCCCGUAACGUUUUCAUUACGCCCGCCCGCGGCCGCAACAAUAAUAACGAUAAACGGUCGUGCGCUCGGCCGCUCGGCCGCGGCGUCGGCGGAGGGGGUGAAAAAAAUCCGCCUCGAAAACCGCGAGCGUACCGGUGCCCGGGGGCGCGGUCGUUCGGCGGCGGUGCGCCGGACGCGACCGGACAACGACCACCGAGUACCGGCGGGGCGCACGUCUACCGGUCCCCGGUUGUCGGCUCUGUCCUCCCGUCGAACGCCCGUCGAAUACGGCGGACAAAACGUUUCGGCGAUACCGUCGCACGGGGACGACCACCGUAUCGGUCGGGAUAAACACUCCGGUCCGGACCGCCGACGAGCAAGCAAACGCGUUCGGCGAAACAACCGGAAAUCAACCCGGUUCCGUUUCGGCUCGGGCUCCCGUGUAUCGCACAGUGUCGUUGAAAUCCCCACGAUCUCUGACUCUCGCCACGCGACGGACGUCGGGCCGCGCGCGCAAUAAAAUUCGCGUUAUUUUUACAAGUUUUCUCUACUUGCGUCAACGGCCCGGGCGGUUUCGGCGCGUCAGAAGUUCUCCGUUCUUCGCGCUUCCGCGCAUCGCUGUUUAAUUCGCGGCACGCAAGCCGGCUGCGGUGCCGCUGCGCACCGCGCUUUAAAAUUUAUUCGCUCCAAUCCGUAUACGUUCGCCCCCAGUUAAUUGUUCCGUUUAAAACGAAUAACCGUUUUUGACGGGACAGUUAUAGCUGUCCGUACAAUAUUUAUCACACAAUAAUCCGUUUGCGACAAUUCAACAUGUCGUUGAUUAAUUUACAUCGCUCAAUAUGUUAACACGUUCUGGACGUGAUGGUAUUUCCAAAAUAUUUGAAAUUGCCGAGUUUUUUUUUUUUUAAAAAGCAGUUUACUUUUUAUCGACUAAAAUGUCGAAAUCCGUUUGAACCGCAAACAAUUGUAAUUUAUUAAAUAAUAAACACAAUUAUCGAUUUGAAUUUGUCGAAACAUGUUGAACCGAAUUUACUCUUCAAAGUAGUCUUUCGGUUGCACUGAUUUUUCCCAACUUACGAAAACGAUCCGCCCACGUCCCGUGGUCCGCAGUACCUACGUUGAUGUUUUUUCUAAUUGGUAUUAUUAUCACGAGUUUCCUCGAUGUAAUUGUUGUUAAAACUGUGUAUCAUACGGCGAAAAAAAACUAUACCGUUUUUUUUACCGAUUCGCGACCGGCGAUAUAAGUUUCGCAACCUGCAUCCUUAUCUACUCGACUCGUGUAUUCGAGCGGUGGUCCCCGUCGACUGUUUUCCCCACCUUCGGUUCCUUCCGUUAUGCGCUUCCCGGUGGAUCGUCGUGACGGAUUGUAGUUUGGCUCUUCUAAUCUUCAGCAUAUUCCGGAGGAAACAUUUUUAUAGGUCAAUUAUCGUUAUUAUUUAUUUUGGCUUUUACGCGCGUUUAUUGCGCAGUUAUUUUCGUUCUAAAAACCGUCGAGAUAAUAAUAAUUGAUUGUUCGUAAUCGUCGUAAUUCACCGAUAGUUUGCGAAUAAUUACUGACAGUUUUAGUGUUAUUGCGCGUUGCCCCGGCGAUACAAUUGCGUUAUUUGAUUAGGGCGCAGUGUGCUGACAACGCUGCGCUUUCUUUUCGCACUGUGCUGCAGUUUAUUAUUGUGUUCGGACCGAAACGUGUCUUAUUACAGAGCCGCGUAUAGUUUUAAUGAUAGUAUUGUAAUAUGCUUUAUUCGAGAUCUUGUUAAAUAUACAAUAAUAACGACACCUCUGUUAUUAUGCUCGUGACGUAGCCGUGUAUUAUAAUAUUGUAAAGAAAAAAAAAAUGGCGAAUCGCCCUAUAUUUAUACGUUAUUCUACUAUUUUUUACACAUACAAUUAUUAAUAAAAGACAGCCGGAAUAAUAAAAAGAUAUAAUAUACUCAAAAAAAAAAAAAAAAAUUAUAAUAAACUGAUGGUUUUUUUUUUUACGUUUCGUGAUGAAUUUUGACUCUUUCUUUUCCUCUCCCCCCACCUGGUUAUAUUUCCCCUUAUAUUUUCAAAUAUUUUAGUAUAUUUUUCUACACAAGCGGCCGGGUCGUGUUUGUUAUAUAAUUUCGAUUCGCCUACAGAGUCUACUUUAAAUUCGCAUUCGAGAUUUUAUCGCCUAUACAGUUGAUUUACAUACGAAAAAAUGCAUUCGAGUAUAAUUUUAUGUUCACUCCGGUUUGUUUUUUUUUUUUUUUUCAUUUCUCCGUGAACAAAUGCGUUCAGUAUACGGUUUUUAUUGUUAUCUCGCAGUAUCACCGCUGUACUAUAUAUACGUACUAUAAUAAUACACUCACUCUGUAAUGCGCUCAGGGUAUUGCGUCGAGUUACAUCCGUUAUUCACGUACACUUAUUUGACAUACAGAGUGAACGCGUUUUUUUUUCCGUCUCAAAUAUUUUGGUCCAACUAUCACAGUCGAAUGACGCACGAACAAUAUGAACAAGAAAUUCACUCGGAGUAUUAGAGUCGUGAUCCUACCGCGUUAUUUUCGGGUAUAGACGUUUACGGAAAACCGACACGCGGUUCGGGUACAUUAUCAGUUUCGCGUUUGUGUUUAACGACAGGCGAACAGCGUAAUUCAAGACGGUUCCGAACCAUCGGAGAUCCGUCGACAUUGCCUUAUAUAAUUAAAAUGUAUAGUAUGACCAGUAGCGUGGCGGAGGUAUUAUUUUGGAGCAGUUACUCUUUCAAAAUCACCCCUCAACCUCCGUCAGCCACGUUGGUGACUAGAUUUAUCAUAGACAGUAGAAAUACGUACACGAACAUGUGUCUUACUUAUGUAAAAUCGGGCCUGAAUUAAGUGGUGGGGGGGAGGCGGAAGAGGCCGUGGCCCCCCAGGCCCCUGGAUAUCAUAAUAUUGUGGGCCCUUGACUUUGGCUUGUAGUACUGUAUAAACACCAAUAUUUUGAAUAUGUUUACGGACCCUUAAAACUGUUUGGCCCCGGCCCCAAAAAUCACCUAAAUCCGGGCUCGUGUUACAUAUACGUACUAUAUUCUACAGCAUAAAAACCUGUAAGUAGCGGUUCAAUAAUUCAGUACUUAAUAGUGAAUCAGUACGCCAAAAACAUCAGUCUGUCGAUGCAGACGGUCGUCGUCGGUCGGUUAUAAUGCAUAAUUAGGAAAACACAGGCAAGCUGGUUGGUAUCUAGAAAUUCGCUUAACGACCGCCAUUGCUUAUACCCGCGUAAUAAUAAUUAUUAUAAUGGUAUUACAGAGUCCUUGGUCUCCCCACAUCCAACAAUAUUUUAUACAUUAUAUAGUCUGCGUACACUACAACACAAACCAACAUACAACACUACGAGUGUAAUAAAUUAACUAAUCGAGCAGGUACAUCCGAAUUAUACAAAUAUACAGAUAUUUUUUUUUAAAUUUGUUAUUAUUUGCCGUGGUGGAAAUUUUAUUAGGAUGGACAAUUGGAGGGGGGGUGGGUGGGUGGGUGUGUAGGUGGUUGGAUAUCUUGUAUACAUUUAUUUUCGCUCCUCACCAAAAAUGAGUUCAGCACACCGGUGUUGAGUAUGACGUAUACAGAGCACAGACUGUGGCCGACUAACGAACGUAACACCACGUCCCGAAACACCCAGUGGUAUGAUACGCGCGUUUUAAAAAUUACAGCAACACGGCAUAUUAUUGUUAUGUUACUUUAUUUGCACAUUUCUCAAAUGAAAUAGGUACCGCGCGUCCGGGUGUCGUUAAAUCGAUUUUAUGGGGUUGGUUGAUAUUUCUUUCUGGGAGAACGGAUGUGUUUACACUCGGAUCGGUAGUGCGUCUGAAUCUGCAUUUACCGUGUAGCCACCCCGGGAAACGGUGCCGAAACAUUGACAUCCGAAAAUAUUACAACAACAAUAAUAAUAAUAAUAAUAGUUUACAGUGUAUAAAAUAGUUCGUGUUAAUGUUUAUCAUGUUUCGUUUGUAAGCUAGUGUACACGCGCCCGAGUUUUUUUCACUCGGUAUUUUCCACUUAAUGAUUUCGUCUGAUAUUCAUGAUAUACAUUAUACGGCUAAUGUUAAAAUUUUAUAACGCCGACUUUUCGUUCGGUAAAACGGAUUUCUCGCUGUUAGUUUUAAUUCGUAGUGAAUUGGCCGAUUUUUCAAAUCUAAAGGCAAUUGUCUAUGUUCGUACGUCGGUUGAUUAACGUAAUUUUAAUUUUCAAACGAAAUGCGACGGUUUUUUGAAUUGUCAUAUUUUCGCAUAUUCGUAUCUGUUUGUAAAAAUUAAAAUAACGAUUAACAAAAAAAACCCCUUUCUAUUCUAAUUUUUAAGUUUGACAAUAGGCCACAAUUUAUAGUGUGACAUUAGAUAUAACAACACAAAAUCCGUUUUAUCGAACGAAAAGUUGACAUUAUCCAGUUUUCAACAUUUUAAUAUACACGCGUUGAUGUUCAUUUUUGUCUAUUUUUCUCCGAAAAUUGAUAUUGUGUUGUGUCCGUUAUAAUAUACGUAGAUCUUUAUGCCGCUGUUUUCGGGAAUUUCUAGCGGUUUCCACUAGACUCACGGCGGCAAAUUAUUUUAAGGUUUUUUAUUUUUUACCGAACGCGCCAUUAAAUUAUAAAAAAAUAUUAUUAUUUAUUUAUUAUUAAAAAUAAUAAUAAUUUAUAAAUAUUUUCGUUUUUGGCGUGCCUUCAAAAUUGUUUCGCGUGCCAUAGAUGUUCCAUGCUUGCCCUAUGAGCUCAAACUCGGGAAUUGAGUUGCUUCGUAGGUAGAUUGAAAUAAUAAAAAUUAGGUUGAAUUUCAACAUGAAUUUAACCAUGAUAUUACGGGUGGACGUUGGUUUUUUAGCUUUGCACGUAAUGACUCGCCAAAUGAAGCUAGGGGGAUUUACACGCGUGCCGUUAUAAUUUCGAGGAUAUAGUUUUUUGAUGAUUUCAAUUUUCCGCCCCACACCUAACAUUUUUACGCUUAAAUGUUACUAUUAUUUUUUUUUUUUUUCUUGAAGAUACUAUUAUUGUAGUAUAGUGUAUUAUCAAUUUACGCGAGCAUAUGCAAUUGUAUUAUUUAAGUAUUCGGUUGUUUAUUGUUGCGCAAAGAAUAUUUUUUUGUUUUUCAAACGCUUUGGUCGCGUAAAAUGCUCCAAUUAUUCAUUAUACAGGUAUCUUACGAUUUGCGGAUCUUUCGACCGGCGGUGGCGAUACUUUAUUGAAAAACUGUUUGUUGAAUAUUAUUCCCGCGGUAUCUACGAUCUAAUAAGUCGAGUUUUAUCGUAUAACUGGACGUUCGUCGAAGAGAAGAUAAAAAAAAAAAAAACGACUAGGUAUUCGAAAACUAUACAUAAGUAAAAUAUUAUACUGCGUAUAUUAUAAUAGUGUGUUGUCGGUUUCAAAUGGAAACAUUAUCGUCGCGGACAAUGUCAUAAUCAACAAUUAUUUUAUUGUUAUCGUCCCAGAAAAUAUCGCGAUUAUAUUCGCAAUAUCCGUAUUCGUAGUAAAACGAAUAUUAUAAUAUAUUUAUUGAAAUACGAUAACACGAUAUCGUUUAUGUAACGAUUAUUGAUCGUGUGAGGUGUAACGAAAUAAUUUCUUUGUACACGUGCGCAUUGCACAACAACACGCGCCGUCGUACUUGAUCUUGAGUAAAAAAAAAAAAAAAAAUCUGUCGACAAAGUCGACUGGUCUCUUUACGCGAACCGGGUGAUCGAUGUGUUUUUAUACACCGCGUAAGUACACGUUUUUAAUAGUUCGAGUACGUGGUAUGAAAGGCGUUUGUUCGUACGUAUAAUAAUUUAAUACCUACUGCCGCGGUAGCUGUUCGCAGUGGCAAACUGGGGGUUUAAAAAAAAAAAAAAUUUAAUAAUAAUAACUCGACCGAACGAAUACGCGUAGUGCGAACGUACAGUGAUUAUUAUUGAUGUAUCGUUUGUCAACGCUGAAUAGUUUAUACGAUUAUUUCGCAUUUAUCGCGGCCAAUGGGGGCGGGGAGCUAAAAAAAACCCGUUAGCCCUCUUCGCUACCCUGUGUACGCCGCGGGUCGGCUGGGCGGAGUAGAGCGCCACGUAGGUAUAAACAGCGACUUGAGCAUUUUUUUGUUCUCUUGAUUUUCGUGGUUAUUGAGAAAAAUCCCGAACCAGACCUCAUAAAUGCGUUAUAAGUUUACCGGCACUUACGUAUUGACGGCGACUUGCAACGACGAGCGGUGGCGGUGCAGUAAAACGAUACCGAUGAGCGGGUAGCGUCAUUAUCGAUUGUUGGCGCGUGCUCUAAUACGGGACGGCUAAUUUUCGAGUAUCUCUAGGUACCGACAUUAAUGAUUAAUAUUGUUAUUAUUGUUGUUGUAUUUGGAAAUCGACGGUAUGGUUGGUGUACGUAUAACCGCCGUCGGUCGUUCCCGGGAAUACAUUCAAUCGGAAGGGAUGCGUAUAGUAAACAAAUAAUCGUCAGCAAACCGCAGAAACUUUCACGUCCGACAAGAAAAUGGAAAUGUGUAACAGCCGGAUCCGAAAAAGUCAAUUUUUGUUCAAUAAACGUACUCGGGGAGAAUAUUAUUGUAAAAAAAAAAAAAAAAAGUAUUUGGAAUAUUUUAUAGGAAUAAAUGUUUUAAAUCAAUGUAAUUAGUUAAGUACUUGAGAAAAUUAUAGAUAUGAUGAUAGGGUAUCCUGCGUUAUAUUUCAACGGUUGAAAAUUUCAAAAAGAAAGUUUGAAAUCAAGUAUCGUCGGGUGGAAAUCGUCCGUUUUUUAAACCGACAAAUUCACGUGGUUCUUAUUUUCCGGAAAAAAAAAUUAAGUACGCAUCUCUUAGUAAAGAAUUAAGACACUCUAAAACUAGAAUGAAAAUAUUGUUUUUUUUUUCUUGAAAAAUAGAGUGCUUUUUAAAACUUUUCGGAAUACAGUAUAUGAAUAUUUUUGAAAAAAAAAGUAUAUUUAUAAUAUACACAAAAAUUAUUCUGAAUAAUACUCGUGUCUGUCAAGUUUGUGACUUGACUGAAAUUAUAAAUGCAUUUCAAGAUUAAAUUACUGAAUAAUAUUCAUAUAGUUACGGUUGUAUUUUUAAUCCCCCGUGCGCUCCAACGAUGGUAAUAAAAAUUGCGAAAUAUUGGUAUAUUUUGAAUAAAAACGCUGCGAAAUAAAACGGUUUCGUGAUUUUCGAAUCAAACGUGUCGAUCAAUUACCGCAGUUCGUACGUUUCGAUAAAAUACCAAUAGGAAGCAUUACACGAGCGCGGAUUUCGAAAAGCUAUUGAAUUUCCGUCGGCUUUUCGUGUUGUCCACCUGCCCCUCCCCACUCCUCCACCAAGUCACCGCACAAUAAUAUCAUGCCGCGAGAACGUGUCGAAUCGAUGAUAUUCUCAUUACAACCUAUAUUAUUGUAUUAUAUUUGUGGUCUGACGGGUUUUUUUUUUUUUCGCGUCCCGCAGGAAUGGUCAGAUACAGUGUUCCGGUGUGCAAGCCGUUGGCCGACACCGGCGAACUUUGCCGGCCGGUUAUCGACAACUACAACCAGCUGCCGCAGAACGUGACCGUGUCCUAUCCGGACGGGUCCACGGCCGACGUGUUCGUGCACAUGGUCGCGUGCCCGUGCGUCGCCGGACUCGAGUGCACCGACGACAUGACGUGCUCGGGACUGGACGGGCCCGGGAGGCCGAUGCUCCGCGAGGACUACACCGACGUGGACGAGAUCAAUCACCUGUGA